GGCGCGCACCUGACAAGUCAGCUGACAUACUCGAGUGACUUUUCGCCGCAGCUUCAGGGGAGAAGAAGAAGAAUCGGCUGCAGCUGUCUGUUGACCCUAAGUACAAGAGAUCUUCACACGCUGCUGCUGGCACAGGAACAUGACAACUCUAAAUCUGUAAAGAAAAGAAAAAGAAAGGACGGAGCGAGGAGCAAAGCUGCGGAAAACUACUCAUCGCUGUGCUGCAGUAAAGGAAAUACAAUCCGGAGAUGUCGCCGAAUGGAAGAUCACUCCUUAACAUUAUUAUUUUGGGCUUUAGCUUUAUGUUUAUAUUUACUGCCUUUCAGACGUGCGGUAACGUUGAGCAAACGGUUAUCAAAAGUCUAAAUGCUACAGACUUCCAAGGCAGUGGAUAUACCAGUCUGGCUAUUAUUUAUGGCGUAUUCUCAGCUUCCAACCUUAUUUCCCCCUCCGUUGUGGCUAUUUUAGGACCACAGAUAUCCCUGUUUUUAAGCGGACUGGUUUACAGCUUCUACAUCGCAAUUUUUAUACACCCUCUAACUUGGACAUUCUACACAGCAUCUGUACUGCUUGGAAUUGCAGCUGCAGUGCUCUGGACAGCUCAAGGGAACGUGCUGACCAUCAACUCCAAAGACACGACAAUCGGCAGGAACAGUGGCAUCUUCUGGGCUUUGCUACAGUUCAGCUUAUUCUUUGGGAACCUGUACAUUUACUUAGCUUGGCGUGGGAAAUCUCACAUUUCAGACGUUGACCGCCGGACGGUUUUCAUCAGCCUCACAGUCAUCAGUCUGGUUGGUGGCUUUCUCUUCUUCCUCAUUCGGAAUCCCGAGCCACUGAAUGAACCAUCUGAAAGCACCGACUCGCUGCUCAAUGCUGACACAGAAGAGAGCAACAACAGCGCAGUCCAGUCUGCAACACCGGGGCGAACCUCUCAGGCAAUCGAGGCCUUUAAAAAAGCACUCCAGGUGUCUGUGAAGAAGGAAAUGUUGCUGCUGAGUCCCUCAAUUUCAUAUUCAGGUCUGGAGAUGACGUUCUUCAGUGGGGUGUAUGGGACUUGCAUCGGAGCCAUGAAUCUCUUGGGAGAUGACGCCAAAGGACUCAUCGGCCUGUCUGGUAUCUUUAUUGGGAUCGGAGAGAUUCUGGGCGGAGGAGUAUUUGGCAUGCUAAAUAAGUGCAGUCGUUUUGGGAGGAACCCCGUUGUCCUGCUGGGUCUCAUUACCCACUUGCUUGCCUUCUACUUGAUCUUCUUGAACAUUGCUUCAGAUGCCCCCAUUGCCCCUGAGGAAGGCACCAACCAGCAGGCCUACAUGUCACCCAGCACGGAGGUGGCACUUUUGUGUAGUUUCCUACUGGGAUUUGGUGACAGUUGUUUCAACACCCAGCUGCUGAGCAUUGUGGGGUUCACAUUUCCUCAGGACAGCGCUCCAGCCUUUGCCGUUUUUAAAUUCAUUCAGUCCAUCAGUGCGGCUGUGGCAUUCUCUUACAGCAACUACCUCCUCUUACACUGGCAGCUCCUCAUUCUGGUGUUAUCUGGGGUCUUGGGGACUGUCACCUUCUUUGCAGCUGAGAGGAUCGCCGUGGUGAACCACAGGGACUCGGAUUACGACAGCAUCUAAGCUGAGGGCAGGUGGCGCCUCGUCUCCUCUUGGCAGAGUCCUUGGCCAGUUAGUCUGCUAGCGUUUGCAGGUCUCAUUAAAUAAGAGUUGCUGCUACUGGACACUUGUAAUGGAGCACCUUGGGAUGUGAGCUUCUUUUUUUUCUUUCAUCCAUGCAUGAUGUGGACCCCAGAAUUGGUCCAUUGGCCCAUGGGGAGCAUUUAUAUUUUAUGUUUUUUUUUUCCCCACCAUAAGUUCAAGGUGGGGGGGCAUAAUGCGGCUAACCUAACCCUACAUGUGUGACUCAAGAAUAAUUCCUUCCCGGGACUAAUCCGCUUCUUGGGAAACAGAAACUGAAAUGGAAGGUAAUCCUCGGCCCUGUAGUUUCAAAUUACGAUACGUGAAGUUUGCCCCAUGGCUGCCAUAGACCCCCUUGCAGUAGUCCACCCACAAUCUCAUCUGAUCAGUCAACAAGAAAAGCCCACCCGCCAAAAAACAGUGGGUGCUACCAAGCCGCUUGGAAGAAAAAUUUGCUUCUGGACCUGACACGUCGACCAAUCACUGACGGGAAUGAAUGUGCUGCUGGUCUUGAGCCCCCUUGCUCACCGACGACGUGUUCCCCGGUGAAGUUUCUGACACGCUCGGCACCCCGGUACGACUUGAAUGGCUCUAAGGUCUUGCGGACGUCCUUUCUCUUCCCAGUCCCACCUGUUGUACACGGGUCUUGUUUUAAUUUUUAAUUUUUUUUUUAAAGUGAAGCAGGUCCAUGUGCCCUCGCAAAUAUUAAAAGAGGACUGAAGCUGGAAAGGAAAGCCCCCUGUGGUUUCCAGCUUGUGGUCUCCGUAGCUGCAUGUGGGAGGCACAAUCUGGCCGACCAGUUUUUCCACUCUGUGACCUUCUUUCCAGUCUGACGGCGCUUGGGCUUCUCCUGUCAUGUGAGUAUCGACUCAAAAGUUUGAUCAUUUUUAACUUUUUCCUUUUACGCUUCCACUAUGGGCUGGCAUGACUGCUGUCGGCACCCACCUGCUCUACCCGCACUUUUCACUUGGCAAGAGUGAGUCAGAUUUUCUCCUCAGUGGAUAUUGAAAUAAACUUGGACUCCACAUCACAAAGUGCAUCAGCUUCUUCUUUUCAAGCUUUUGGAAUUCUAUAACAAAAAGCAAUCUUGUCACUUGCAAGCAGACAGCCCAUCAGUGGAGGCAUUCAGAUGAAGGAGAAUCGAAAUUAAAAUGGUCGCAGCACCCCAGGGGUUUGGGUUAAAAUCUCCAAAGUGCUGCUGACACCCACCAUGCUGAAUGAUUAUUGGCCAUUGGGUAACACAGAGUCCGUUCCCCAGUGUCCGACCUUAGUGAAAUGACCACAAAUGUUUCCAGCCAAACACGACUGGGAUGUCUGGGAGUUCACUGCUCAUUCUUUAGUGCAAAUCCAGCUGUUGGACUUUUUUAAAAAAAGGGAAAUAAAGGCGCUGAUCGUUUUAGUGGGCAAUUCACGACUGGACCCUUUUUAUGUUUUUUUUUUUCUUCUUUCUUUUUAUGAAUAAAACAACACUGUGAUUAUUUGAUGAUGUCCCGUAAAAUUCAUUUGAUGUUCUGUUU